ACACCUUGUUCUCCCCUCUGGCAGAUAAAAAAGGGUAUCUGGAUAAGUGUCUGAGCCAGCCAAGAGAAGCUGGAACCCAUUCCGGCCAAGCAAGUUGGGAGGAAGGCAGCCGACGUCGAGAGGCACGGCGGAUGCUUUAGAAAGUUGCCCUCUGCGGGGCGGAAGUGGGGUGCGGACAGCGGAAGUUUCUGCCCGGGCCCCGCCUCUGCCCCCGGCUCGUGUGAGCUGGGUGUUUCCUGCUUCUUACAGUCCAGGUUUGGAGACUCCGUCGUCCUUCGGCUUUUCAUGGAAGAGAUGUCAGGAGAAAGCGUGGUGAGCUCAGCGGUGCCAGCAGCUGCUACUCGCACCACUUCCUUCAAGGGUGCGAGUCCCAGCUCCAAAUAUGUGAAGCUGAACGUGGGUGGAGCCCUCUACUACACCACCAUGCAGACGCUGACCAAGCAGGACACCAUGCUGAAGGCCAUGUUCAGCGGGCGCAUGGAAGUGCUCACCGACAGUGAAGGCUGGAUCCUCAUUGACCGGUGUGGGAAGCACUUUGGUACGAUACUCAACUACCUUCGAGACGGGGCAGUCCCCUUGCCUGAGAGCCGCCGGGAGAUUGAGGAGCUGCUGGCAGAAGCCAAGUACUACCUUGUCCAGGGCCUGGUGGAAGAGUGUCAGGCAGCCCUACAACAGAACAAAGAUACUUAUGAGCCUUUCUGCAAAGUUCCUGUGAUCACCUCAUCCAAGGAAGAACAAAAACUUAUAGCGACUUCAAAUAAGCCAGCCGUGAAGUUGCUCUACAACAGAAGUAACAACAAGUACUCGUAUACCAGCAAUUCUGACGACAAUAUGUUGAAAAACAUUGAACUGUUUGACAAGCUGUCACUACGCUUUAACGGAAGGGUCCUGUUCAUAAAGGAUGUCAUUGGGGAUGAGAUCUGCUGCUGGUCCUUUUACGGUCAGGGCCGCAAGAUUGCUGAAGUCUGCUGUACAUCCAUCGUCUAUGCCACGGAGAAGAAACAGACCAAGGUCGAGUUCCCUGAAGCCCGGAUUUAUGAGGAGACCCUGAAUAUUUUGCUGUACGAGGCCCAGGAUGGCCGGGGACCUGACAAUGCACUCCUGGAGGCCACGGGUGGAGCAGCUGGGCGCUCCCACCACCUGGACGAGGACGAGGAGCGGGAACGGGAGCGGAUCGAGCGCGUGCGGCGAAUCCACAUUAAGCGCCCCGAUGACCGGGCCCACCUCCACCAGUGAGCCCACCUCCACCAGUGAGCCUGCCACAGCCCGAGCCGCCCCUCGCACCGCCCCUUCUCCCCGCCGUGCUGCACUCAGACCGUAUGCGGGCUCCAGGGCACUUUCCACUUCCUCUGGAGCUUGGAAAUACUUUUAUAACAAGCCAGAUGAUUAUUUCGGUAUUUCUUGAUGAAGCGAAUUGAUUGUUUUGACCCAGACGUAUACACCCCUGUUGAACAAGCUGUGUCUAAGGUCUCUACUUUUCAUGAGAACCCGAGAAUCUAUGGAGCCAAGGCUUCCUCGGAAGAAAAGUAUGAAUGAAUGUGAAGCGUAUGUAAGAACUGUUUGCGGUAUUUAUUUUUGUGGGUGUGACUCCCUGUUUGGGCUUUUCAGUUGACAUUCCCUUAAGGGUCCUGUUUGAUAGUUCUGAGAGGAGUUCUGUGGGUGGCAGCCACCAGAGGUUUCUUGAGCUCCCUGUUUCAGAUUUCAUGAUCCUCCAGCCCUAGCAGAUUGGCUCCUGGUUCCUGCAUAUCUGGCCCAGGAACAGUCUCUGUUGCUUUGCUAGAAGUUCACUCUGCCACGUGGUUUUGUGCCUAGAGCUUGUGCAGUGGAAAUGUGACCUAAUGAGCCUCUAAACUGUUUUUGCUAAAUGUUGCUUUGGGUACAAAGCUGUGGCAAACCUUUUACUGCCUUGUUUUUGGCCUGGCACUGGCUGGGACCCCAAGUGUCUGUCUAGGAGCAGAGCUUCAAGGGCGGGGAGUGCUCAGCUCUGUUUCUGGCUACUUCCCUGACUCCUGCCCCUUCCAGUUACCCUCCUGGUUGCCCACUCUGUUCUAGGAAGGCUGCCUGACACUGAGAGGCAUAGCUCACAGAUUACCCCGCCAAGGGAUCUACUCCUCCUCCUUUUCAGCCUUCCUGCCCUGAAGCUGGGUUUACUGCAGUCGGUGGGUGCCUUGCCCUUUGCCUAGAAAUUCAGUGUGGACCAGACUCUCCUCCUGGCCUGGCAUCUAGGGAGGGACACGCUUCUACCACCAGCCCCCUAGGAGCUUCCCAGCUAGAAACACAGCCGUCAUCUGAAGACCCCCUUCCUUUCUUUGCCUCGGAUUUUUACACAGUAUAGCGUGGCCAGCAGUGACUAGGUCGAGAGGUUGUGCAGAUACCUUUGGGUCCAGUCUGUGUCUGUGUUGGUGUGUGUUAAAGGGAUAUGUGACAGUUGGUGGGAUGUGUGCUUGUGGGGCACAGGUGGCUCACGCUGGAGCCCAGUUGUGUGCACGUUGCUGGCGUGGGAUGGACGUUCGCAGUGACCUACCUCUCAGGCUCCUCUGUGCCUGCCAGGGAACAGAAGGGAGCCACAACUGACAUGGGUGGGUGAGACUAGACUAGGUAGAGUAGUCAAGGAGCAUGAGUGUGCCAGGUGAUGGGCCUUGCCUGUCAUCAAGGGCACUGCUACUGUUUUAUACCAAAGGUGUUAACAUGGGCAGCCUUUGACACAUGUAGUCCAAAAUACGAGUCUAUAUUUUGAGACGGUUUUUACAGCUUAGACCUUGUACGUACUGCCCUGCCUUUAUUUUGUAUCCAGCAGCAAAGUCUACAAUAAAACUUUAAAACAAUCGUUACUGAACAUCAAAUCCAUAUACUGGGUAGAUGUUUUUUAAACUGUCGUGUAGGAAACUUUUAUAUUAGGACAUUUGAAUUUUACUGUUAAGGAAAGAGGGUUUACAAAUAAUGUUUUGUAACUAUUUUAUACUGUUUAAGUUUUAAACACCAACCCUGCCGUUUGGGUUGACCUUUUUUAGAAAGUUAAAGUGAAUGUCAGUUCUGAUGUUUUCUGUAGGAAUGGAAAAGCCAUUAUAUAAACUGUUGUGAACGUCUGUGUGAAGAACAAGUCUGUGGAACAGUUUUGAUUUGUUCCUUCUAGGGCUGUGACCUAGUGUUUCUGGCAGCUCUCUCUACUGUCCCUGUCCUCAACUUGGCGCCUGUUCUUCUGUGUCUUUGCCUCUGUGAGAUGUGUACAGGUUCCUAAGACAUUCCAGGGUGGAUGACACUGUUCACUGCCUCUAGCCAUAAGCAGACAGUGUUGGCUGGUCCCAGCUCUGUCACCGACUAGACUCAGCAAGAAACUGAUUUUUCUUAUGUUAGCCUGAAGGGCAAAAAUCAAUAUUUAUAAUUGAAGAACCAUUCAAGUAAAACACUGGCCUAAGAUUUGGUAAAGCGCAAGGUUUUAUUACAUGUUGUAAUAGCUUACAAGUUUUUUAAAAAAUUGGAACAGCUUUUGGUCUGUUGGAAUCAAGUUUAGUUUGAUCGUUUUUUGGAUUUUUUUUUUUUUUUGCAUAAGCCAUCUGAUAGGGGAGGGGGUAUGCCCCAGGCAGUUCCUGCCGUUCUGUGGUCGCUGUGCAGGUGCCCCAGCCCCCAUUAGGUGUGUGUGCCUGUACCCUGCAGCAGCUGCCCAGGAGCUGGGCGAGCGACUCAGCCCUCCCUCUCCAGUCUGUGCUGUCUUCAGGGCUCCACCCUCAGUUACUAUAGUACAUUUAGGUGUGUCCUUCACCUUUCUGUCUCUUUGCCCUCAGAAAAAAUGCUGUAAGUUUUAGAAGUAGUCACUGUUGUUGUAUAAGCACUUGUGGACAUAUAUAAAAUAAAAGUCAUAUAGUACUUCUAUCUAA